AUGAAUUCUAUUGAGUUUCCUUUACUUGACCGAACAGCCCAAAAUUCGGUUAUUUCAACUACAUUAAAUGAUCUUUCAAAUUGGUCAAGACUCUCUAGUUUAUGGCCGCUUCUCUAUGGUACCAGCUGUUGUUUCAUUGAAUUUGCUUCCCUACUAGGUUCACGAUUCGACUUUGAUCGUUAUGGUCUAGUACCAAGGUCGAGUCCUAGACAGGCGGAUCUAAUUUUAACGGCUGGAACAGUAACAAUGAAAAUGGCCCCCUCUUUAGUGAGACUGUAUGAGCAAAUGCCCGAACCAAAAUAUGUUAUUGCAAUGGGAGCAUGUACAAUUACAGGAGGGAUGUUCAGUACUGAUUCUUAUAGUACUGUUCGGGGAGUUGAUAAACUAAUUCCUGUGGAUGUCUAUUUGCCAGGCUGUCCACCUAAUCCAGAAGCAGUUAUAGAGGCUAUAACAAAACUUCGUAAGAAAAUGUCUCGAGAAAUCUCCGAAGAUAGAAUUAGGUCUGAACGAGUGAACCGCUGUUUUACUUCCAAUCAUAAGUUUCAUAUUCGGCGAAAUAUUCGUAUUGGAAAAUCUGAUUCUGAUAAAGGAUUCCUUUCUCAAUCGGACUAUACGGCAACGGCAGAAAUACCUACUGAAACCUUUUUUAAAUACAAGAGUUCAGCCUUUUCUCACGAAUUGAUAAAAUAA